AUGGAAAUGGAAUGGUUCAAGGAAGUAAUUUUGCACAGAUGGAGGACUCAAGGAAUGACAGAUAUUAUCGAGGAUAUUAUGGUGAGAGAAAUGAAAGACAGCAGAAUCAAGGUAACAGUAGUGGUAGUAGUAUUGAUGGAUGUAUGGAAAGACAAGAUAGUGACAAGAAUGUUUGUUUUAUGGGACUUUAAGAUAAUAAUUGAAGACACAAAACAGGAAAAAUUGGAUAAAACGAGAUGGGAAGAAGAGGAACAAGAACAACUGGCUGCCAAAUUCACAGAAAGAGAAAAGACACCUGAUAAAGAUGAACAUUAUUUAACUGAUCCUUCUGAUAAUGAACAUGAUCCGUUUUCUCCAGAUAACUCCUCCGAUGACUAUAACCCCGGUAAUGAUUCUGCUUUAGAUGAUUCCGAUGAUAGCUCUGAAGAAGAAAGCGAGGAAGAAAGUUUUAAUCGUGGAAAUUUGACAAAGAAACACAUUACUGCAGAGGAUUCCAUUCUUCCUCAAGAUAAAGAGAAUAUUUUAGUAACGGCAUCUGAAGUAUCCUGUGAUUUAGAGCCAGCAACGACUUCUGAUGUGAAUUUAGUGAAUGAUAAUUGCAUCGAAAUAAUUAUGUCUUCCCGCCGUGGACAUAAACGACCACUUCCACUAGAUGAGCCAUCUAGUAGUCGUCAUGGUAGAAAUAAUUCAUCAUCCAGGAAUAGAAGACUUUCAUCUGGAGAAAGUCGAAAUCCUUCUCGUACCAGCGAGGCAUCUAUCGAUCGUUUAACGGCUGUAAUUAGCACCCUUAUUGAGUCUAAUGCGAAGGCAAAUACGCCAAGAGAAAGGGCUAGUACCCCUGCUGUGCGCGGGGAAAUGGUACCUGUUUUUGAUCCUGAUGAUAGAACUCAAACUGUUUUGGAUUGGUGUCGAAAGGUUGACGAGUUGAGAGACAUUUUUGGAUGGUCUGAAGAGGCUACAAUUUAUUUUGCGAUGACCAAAUUGAAAGGUUUGGCUGAAGUUUGGUACAAGGGCUUACCAAGCGUAAAAUUUUCUUGGAAUGAGUGGAAACAAAAGCUGGAGCAAGGAUUUCCAUCUAAACGUGACUUCUUUGAAGAAUUCCAGCAAAUGAUGGCUAGGACAAAGAAACAGGACGAGACGUACUGCAAAUAUUAUUAUGAAAAAAUGGCUUUAUUAAAUAGCUGCGAGAUUACAGGAGUCAAAGCAGUUUCGUGCCUUAUUGGAGGCAUGUUUGAUAAUGUGGUCAAAACUGGAGCUAAGGCGGGCGAUCAUCAAUCACCUGAGUCCUUGUAUGGAUACCUUUGUACCUUGGAUACUGCGUCAUCUGGCACAUCCAGAGGUCAUGAUGUUGGUCGACAUACGUCAAGACACAAAUCUGGCAAUUUCAGAAGGGACAAUAAAACUUCCAAACAAGCCGUAGACAUCAAUGGAAUUUCAUCUUUCGCCUACGUGGAUUUGGGAAGUUCCUGCACUACUAUUCGUCUACAGGAAGCGGAACGGUUAGCUUUAGUAAUUGAUGCCACCGAGAAAACCAUUUUACAUGGCUAUGGCAACGGGCGCACCCCUACAAUAGGUACCACAAGUUUUCGAAUCAAAGUGGAUGAUGUGGAAACAACCGUAUCUGCCCAUAUUGUGUCUAACGUAGCUCAGGAGAUACCAAUUUUGCUGGGCAGGAAUUUCACAGAACUCCCAGACGUACUUGUCAUCAAAGAUGAUAUUUCAUUGACAUUUUUCAGCAGGAGCCUAGGAGAAAUAAAUGCAAUAGAGACAGAACCAAAUGAUUCAAAAAUUGUACUUCGGAUUGCAGAAAACACUACAAUACUGCCAAAUCACUGGGGACAUGUUCAGGUUGAUAGUGAUUCCUAUGAAGGUGAUCUCUGCAUCGACGCUAGCGUCCGAAUGCAAGAAGGACAAGAAUAUUGUAUUCCUCAUGUAAUCGUAUCGAUUAAAAAAGGAGAGCCUGCAUUAUUACCUUGCAUAAGUUUAGCAGAUAAUGAUAUAGAAUUUAAGAAAAAUAGAGUAUUUGUAAGAGCAUGCAAGUGUACAGAGGAGGAAAAUUUAACAGAAAUGGUGAUGAGAGUUGUUGCUAGGCAUGAAGCGGCAGAGAAAAUUCGAUUGGCCCAAGCCAAGCAAAAGCAGUAUUUUGACAAAAAACGAAAGAAACCACAGGUUUACAAAGAAGGAGACUUAGUAGUAGUACUGAAACAAGUACAAUCCACUGGCACUAGUAGAAAACUGGAUGCCCCAUAUAGCGGACCUAUGGUCGUGAAAGUUGCAUUGCCAAACGAUCGAUAUGUUGUCAGAGAUAUGGAAAAUUCCCAUCGUACACGAACAACAUCCAAGUACGAAAAGACCGUCGCUGUUGAUCGUAUGCGCCCCUGGUGUCAGCCUGGAGGUGUGUCAGAUUCUACGGACAGCGAAAGCGGUGACGAUGGUGUUCUUUUGAGCUCCGACGAUGAUCAGCCGAUGGACUCCUAG